AAAUACAUCCGAAAUUCGAUAAGCGAAACUACAAUCAAUAAAAUACGUCAUUAUAAAAUUGUGAAUGAACCAUCAAACUUUCAGGGAAUUAUUCAAAACGUUAUAUAUGUAAAUCCCUUCCCCCGCCCCCCGAAAAAAAUUGUCUAGAUGUAUAAAAGUUGCCGCGCUCCGAAAAAAUAUUGUAGUCCAACCUGAAGGAAGAUUCCGAGUGCGCAAAGAGGAGAGGAGAGAAAUGUACCAGGCAAAACUCUACUCUAACUACAACGGACUCCAGAAGAACGACGCAAAGUACGUUCUGGAUAAUUAUUUUAACCUGGUGAAGUGGAACGGAGACUUAGAUGAAACCGUGUUGGAUGUUGGAUGCGGAGAUGGAAACGUUACCAUCGAUCUAUUAUUACCAUUACUGCCAAAAAACGCUGAAAAAUUACUUGGAGUUGAUAUCUCAAAGGAUAUGAUCAAAUUUGCACGAGAUAAUAAUCGAAGAGAAAAAGUUGAAUAUGAUGUUAUGGAUGUUGGUGGUGUUUUAGACGAUGUUCAUUUACUUGAUGGAAAUUGUUUUCAACACAUUUUUUCAUUUUAUUGUUUACAUUGGGUGCAAGAUCAAAAACAAUGUUUCGAAAAUCUUUAUAACCUCCUCGAUGAAAACGGCGAUCUUCUAAUAACAUUUUUAGCAAGAAAUCCAAUUUUUACCGUUUACGAUAAUUUAUCAAAAAAUAAUAGAUGGGCCCAAUACAUGAAAGAUGUCAAAAAGUAUUUAUCUCCUUAUCAUAAUUUAGAAGAUCCCGAAAAAGAACUUCACAAGGUGAUGGCUGAUGUUGGAUUUAAAGUGAAAAAAUGCGAAUUGGUCGAUCGUACAUUUAUAUUUCACGAUUUAGAAACGUGGAAACAAUCUGUGAUAGCCAUAAAUCCAUUCCAAGCAAGAAUUCCGGAAGGACUUCGCAAAGAUUACUUCGAAGAUAUCUUCGAUGAAGUGCGAAAAUUGAAUUGCAUCAUCCGGAAUGAGAAUAACAACGAAGAAAAAAUUGAGACUAAAUAUCAAUUGUUGGUGGUUUAUGCGACGAAAAAAUAAAUAUUGAUUUUUUUUUUUGCAGUCGAUAUUAAAAUUAAUAUCUAUUUUUGUUGUUGGA